GAGAAUUCUGAAAGUUCUAUCUAAGGAAAAUGUUUGUUCCUAAAAUCUUGGUUGCCCUUUUUCUUAAUCACCCAUUGGAUGGUUGAGAAGAGGAUUUUAUUUCUUUUUUUUUGGUUUUAAUUAACUAAAUUUGAGUGAAAAUUAGUAAUAAAUCAGAAAAUUUAAGGAAUGGUCGAAAAGGAAGAAAAGAAAACGAUUUUGGGAAAAAAAAAGACUUUAACUAUAAUUUAAUUUAAGGGACAAUGGCAAUGGUCUUAUGGACAGUGAGGGAGUGGGCAAACGGUUCAAGGGCUGAGUUGGGCUUGGAUUUAGUUCAGAACAGGGCUGAGUUGGGCUAAUUUCAAACCGGCGCCGUUUCAGAACACGAUCGACUUAAGAGUCGGCAACCUUAAACAAUUGGUCUUCUCCUGUUCUCACUGAAAACCGAAAAGCUGAAAGUGAAAAUGCUGCUGCGACGACUGCCUUCAACCGCCGUUUCCUUCACAACGACGGCUCUUUCGCGCCGUCGUACGUCUCCUUACUUCUUCUCUACUCAAUCCGGCCUCAAAUUCGUCAAUUCUCUCUCCUUUUACCCCAAACUUUGCCUCCUUUCCUUUAGCUCGACCUCCCAAAGUUCAUCAGAAUUCACCGACUUCAUCAACGAACAAGCGUCCAAACGCGGACCUCUGAAGCCUGGACUCUAUCUUGUUGGAACACCGAUUGGAAACCUUGAAGAUAUCACUUUACGUGCUCUUCGGGUCUUGAAAUCAGCUGACGUCAUACUCUCGGAGGACACGCGGCAUUCCGGCAAGUUACUUCACUAUUACGGCAUCAAAACUCCUCUCCUAAGUUAUCACAAAUUUAAUGAAUCUCAAAGAGAACAAACGGCUCUAAAGAGGUUAAAGCGAGGUGAGAUCAUAGCAUUGAUCAGCGACGCGGGAAUGCCAGGCAUUAGCGAUCCUGGUACCGAACUGGCAAAGUUAUGUGUGGAUGAAAACAUUCCUGUGAUUCCAAUUCCUGGACCCUCUGCCUUCUUAACUGCUCUUUCUGCCUCAGGGUUGUCCACUGAUGAGUUUACAUUUGUUGGAUUUCUUCCAAAACAUACUGGUUCACGGAAGGAGAGGCUGAUGGCUUCUGCGAGUGAAACAACAACACAAAUAUUCUAUGUUCCUCCUCACAAGCUUUGUCAGUUUCUUGAAGAAAGUUCCCCAAUUUUUGGUGACUCAAGAUGGUGUGUUAUAGCUCGGGAACUUACAAAAAUACAUGAAGAGAAUUUGGACCGUAUUUAUGUUGGGCUUUAUUGGGCUAGCAUCAUUUUAUUUGGACCUUAUGUCAUGUGACCUUAUGUUAUAGGGCUUUUUCAAGCCCAUAUACUCAGGUAUUUGGACUAUUGAAGUACUUUCUGAUGAUUGAAUGUUGAAUAUGAGUUUAAGAAUUGAAAAAUUUUGGUUUUUGAGAAUAGAGUUUUUCCUUCAAUGUUGUUCUUUCCAUUCAGUUCAAGCUUCUAUUCUGUUGUGUUCUUCACCCCACAUUGGGAUUCCUCUUGUUUGCAAUAUUUGUCUGAUACUUUACAACUAGGCUUGCAUGGAAGGCGAAAGGAAAAAAUAUAAAGGGUCAUUGGUGUGUCUUUACUGUUUGUAGUCUACAGAACUCUAUCUAAGGUAGAAAAGAAAUGCAACUGUUCUUGCUCCUAAAUGAGUUGACGCAUAACUUCCUAGUUUCAAAACAUCUUAUAUGUGGUUAUGAAUGAAAUUGUCUGCAUAAAUAUUUCCAGGUGACUUUUGUUUAUGGAAGUAAAUUGGAAGAAUUUUGUGAGUGCUAUGCAGCUGUUUAGCGUCUGUCUGUUUGUACCUCAACUUUGUAAUUCAGUGCUUCAUGGUCCUAUGUGCUUGGGACUGUCCAAUUUUUUGGGUUGUAACUAUCCGUUUCGACCUCUGCUUUUAUUUGUGCAACAUUUAGAAAGAAGAGAAGAAAACAGUUUAUUUAUGAUAGUAUGAGCAAGGAUGCCAACAUCAAAAAACAGAAGGAGCUAGCUAGCUAGAGAAUGGCUUUGUAUGGGCUGUAGAAAACAUCCUCAUUGCAAGAUCAUUUUUUUGAUAUAUGAAGUGCCUCUUUUGCAGACCCUGUUUAGUUUAACAGCUAAGCAUUCAUUCUGUUAUUGGCCUCAUACGCAGCCGUACUUUUGGUGGUUUGACCUAGAAGUCUAGCACUUGAACCCUAUUGGUUGAGAUCAGUCCAUUACCUCACGACUCAUUGCCACUUGAUGUAAUAUUUAUGUCAUUUCACCAUCAUGCAGCUGCAAUGAUUUGAAGAUCUUAUUUUAAGGAAAUACAAUGAAAGCACUUACGUAGUAGUUCAAUAGACAUGCCAAUUUUUUUUUUAAGCUAACUCUUUUGGAUGACAGGAAAUUUUAUUUGUGCUAAAUCUAUUAACCAGUUUGACCUUGAUUUACUUUGUGGAUUUUUCUUUAUAAAAUCCUUGAUUUA